CAACUUUGAGGAGCUUUGACACAGAGCCACAGCCAGCUUAACAAACCUGGCAGGUGAAGUAAAGCAAGGGGAAAAAAGCUCAAGAAGAAGACUCUCAAGAAACUGCUGAAGGGAAGAUUUUCAAGGAAACUAUUUGAAAUUUGAAGUCAGUUUUACUGCAGCUGUUGUAACCACUGACAGGAAGUGAGUAAAGACAGUUUUGGACAUAAUUUCUUUACUAAUUUUGGCCAGAAAAAAGCAGCAUGUCUCUAGAGGUGAAGGAGAAGACCCAGGUGCGUUUAGUCUUUCUGGGGGCAGCAGGAGUAGGAAAAACAGCCCUGAUCCAACGCUUUCUACAAGACACAUUUGAGCCCAAACACAGGCGCACAGUGGAGGAGCUGCACAGCAAGGAGUAUGACAUCGGAGGGGUCAAGAUCACAGUGGAGAUCCUGGACACCAGUGGCAGCUACUCCUUCCCAGCCAUGCGCAAGCUCUCCAUCCAAAACAGUGACGCCUUCGCACUGGUGUACGCCGUGGAUGACCCCGAAUCCCUGGAGGCUGUCAAGAGCCUCCGAGAUGAGAUUCUGGAGAUCAAGGAGGACAAGUACACGCCAAUCGUGGUGGUGGGGAACAAGGUGGACCGGGAGCAGGAGCGCCAGGUGUCCAACGAGGACGUGCUGUCAACCGUAGAGAUGGAUUGGAACAACAGUUACCUGGAAGCGUCGGCGAAGGAGAACGCCAACGUGGUGGAGGUGUUCAAGGAGCUCCUGCAGCAGGCAAACCUCCCCAGCCGCCUCAGCCCCGCGCUGCGAAGACGCAGGGAGACCUUUCCUAAAGACUCCAGCUUCCGACCGCCCAUGAACAAGACCAACAGCUGUAUUCUGUCGUAAUGAUGGACAGAGGAAGAGAAGUGCGUUGUUUCAUGAAGGGACAAGAGAUGAGAGCACUCGAUGCUGCUGGUCAGAGAAAAAGAAAAAAAGGAAAAGCUUGGACUCAGCGGGGGCAGAAAGUGACGGGUUAAGUGAUUCUGGAGCCGCAAAGACACUCCAGCGUUCACAACCAGAGGAAAAAAACUGAAGAGGUGAACCGUAUUAAGACCUCACUUGAACAGACUGCCAGUGGAAGGAAGGAAGCCGCAUUAACUACUCAGUUUACUAAAUGUAAUGUUGUUGCUGCUUAUUUGGUGACAUGCUGCUGGUGUUUAGAUCAAUGUAUACCUUUUGGAUUUUAAAUUAAAAUUACAUCAAGAUUUGGACUGUUUCAGACAGAUUGUUCAUGAAGGGAAAGUGUAUAUAUGUUGUGCAAAGGUUGUAUGUCUCAUGUAAAUGCUUUUAAUUUCAUAAUUCAGUGUAUGUAGCACAUCAUGUUUACAUUUUUUUUAUUCAAUUCCAACUUGCCCUCAAGCAUAUUACUUGUGUUGUUUUUUUAAACGUGGUGAAAUGCAAAUGUUGACUGUUAAGGCACUUUUCAUUUUUAAAUGACACUUCAUAAUGAUGUUUUUAGGUUGUGUUUUUUUUAUAAUUAAACAUUUUUAUCAUGGCAUAUUCUCUCUCAAAUGUUAUUUUACUGUUUAUUCAACAAGUGUAUGUUGAAUGUGGAUCUAAAUGUGUAAUAAAAAG